AACAACACAAUUCUCCUCCUCAUAAUCCCCCAUCUACACAAAAUGGAACAACAACAACAACAACAACAACAAGAGCCUGCGAACUCCGCGGCGCCGACGAUGUCGAUCACCCUCCGCCGCUUCGAGCUCUCCGACCUCGACGACUACAUGGUGUGGGCCUCCGACGACAAGGUGACCCGCUUCUGCCGGUGGGAGGCCUACACCGACAAGUCCCACCUCCUCGCCUACAUGGAGUCGUCCGUCCUCCCCCACCCCUACUUCCGCGCCAUCUGCGUCGGUGCGAGACCCGUGGGUGCUGUGUCUGUAACGCCCGGUGCAGGCGAGAACGCAUGCAGGGCGGAGAUCGGUUACGUCCUCGCGUCGGACUACUGGGGGAAGGGCGUCGCGACGGCGGCGGUGAGGAUCGCGGUGGCGGAGGUGUUCGACGCGGUGGAGGGGUUGGAGAGGGUGGAGGGGUUAGUGGAUGUGAAGAAUAGGGGGUCACAAAGGGUGUUGGAGAAGGUAGGGUUUAUGAGGGAGGGGGUGUUGAGGAGGUAUUGGAUUCAAAAAGGGAGCGUGAGGGAUAUGGUGGUGUAUAGCUUCUUGAAGAGUGAUAGGUUGCUUGGGUAGUAAAUGGGGCUUGUUGCUUAUAUAGUUAUAUAGUUCCAAUGAUAUUGUUUGUGUGUGGAGCUUUAAUUUGCCAUUAAAGUUGUAUUUUCUCCGAUUUGCUUCAAUGGAUCUCUCUUAUUGAGUUUCCACAAAA